AUGGCAAUAGAGAAGGCAACAAAAGGCCAAGAUUACCUUAAAACAUUGAUAAAGGAGUUUCCUUCUUCACACGCCAUCAAAAAUUGUGCAACUAGUGAUUACGACGGAUUGGUUAUGUCGUUUAGAAGUUCAUUAGGUGAGUUGGUUGUGGAUCCAAUUUCUGCAAACUAUGAUGCUAGAGUUGCUGGUGAUGGACCACAAGCUUGUGAUCGUGAAUUGGCUAAUGAGAAAAUAGUUAAUCCUUCUGUUUCUAAGAUGAAUAAUGAGAUGACGUUUCUUAGUGAUGUUGCAUAUCUGGCCACAAAUUAUCUUCGAAAAUAA